GCGGGGCGGCACGCGUUCCGUCGCAACCCCUCUUAUUAACUCCCCCACACAUACGUCGGCAGAUAUAGACCCAACGGCGACUCGCGGAUUUUAUUCUUCUACUUCUUCUCUUCCCAAACCCCAACCCUCUCCACAGGUUCUUCGUGAGCAAGCAAUCGUUUCGUCUUCCUCAAUCUUCCCCCCUCCAGCCUAGGCCCGUCUCGUCCUUCCUUUGCCAGUUUCCACUAUCAACUUCCGCAAUGGGUGGAAGCAACUACGACGAUGACUGGGUGUUGCCCAGUGCUGACAUCACUGUAGUUCUUGUUGGGAAACUUGGCUAUGGCAAGAGUGCAACUGGCAAUAGUAUCCUUGGACGGGAAGCAUUUGUAUCAGAAUACUCCCAUGCUAGUGUGACUAAUACUUGUCAGAUGGGAAGCACCAUGCUGAAAGAUGGCCGCACAAUCAAUGUAAUUGAUACACCAGGAUUAUUUGACAUGAGCGUAACACCUGAAGAUGCUGGCAAAGAAAUUGUGAAGUGUAUGAACAUGGCUAAAGAUGGGAUACAUGCAGUGUUGAUGGUUUUUUCUGCUACAUCUCGAUUUUCUCGAGAAGAUUCUAGUACAAUUGAGACUAUUAAGGUGUUUUUUGGAGAGAAAAUUGUUGAUCAUUUGAUCUUGGUUUUCACUUACGGAGAUUUAGUUGGUGAAAAUUUGUUGAAGAACAUGCUCAGUAAUGCCCCAGAAUAUCUGCAGAAAGUUGUUGAGCUAUGCAAAAACAGAGUUGUUCUUUUUGAUAACAAGACCAAGGAUCAAAGGAUUCAAGCUAAGCAGCUCGAAAUGUUGCUUGAUGUGGUUGAUUCUGUUAGUGCAAAUAAUGGAGGAAAACCAUUUUCAGAUCAAAUGCUCACUCGCAUCAAGGAGGUGCAUGAGAGAGAAAAGGAGGUUCAUGAUGUCAUGGGAUAUACAGAAGAGCAGAUAUCUGAACUAAAGAAGGAGAUCCAUAGAACCCGGGAUGAACAACUUGCAAGCAUUACCGCUAUGGUGGAGGAUAAGCUGAACUGCACUGUGGAGAAGCUGCAAAACCAACUUAUGGAAGAACAAAAUGCAAGAUUAGAAGCAGAGAGGGUGGCGUUAGAGGCCAGGGUGAGAUCAGAUGAGGAGAUACGCAAGCUCAAGGAGAGCCUGAAGGAGGCCCAGCGGGAAAACGAGGAAUUCCGGAGGCUGGCUCACAACAACAAGUGCACUAUUCUGUAAGCAGUUUCCCAUUCGGAAAGUUGUUGGUUGCGUGCUGAUGCUUUUACGCAUUGGUAACAGAGGACGCCAGUAAUCUUAAGCCAGUCUUGUACUACGGAGUAAUAGAUAUCUUAGUGUGUCGUCUCGUAUCUUUUUUCUUUUAACUGAUAUCUUAGUUCGAUGUGAAUACCUGAGUCGUUUACCCGUUGAAGUUUAUCACGUUUUUUCUGUGCAGUGUUUUGAGAGUGGUGCAUGCAUGAAACAUCUCAUGUACUGUUUGCGAUAAGAAAUACAGUAUUGCAGAGAGUUUUCAAAACCCGUUUGUUUAA